AUGCCUUUAUUAUCAUCAUCAUUAUUACUAUCAAUGCAAUCUCAAAAUAAUAAUAAUAAAAAUAACAAUAAUAGUAGUUCUCAACAAAGCGCACAUAAUACACGUACUCGCAUGGCAUCAUCUGAUUCUUGGUCACCAUUAAAAAAAUUUCCGACGAUCUUAAUGACACGCACUUCAUUUAAAGUCAACGAAGAACAUCUAUUGAGUUUAGCCAUUAAAGCUAGAUUAGAAAAUCGUGAAUGUGGAUAUUUAUCAAGACGUGGUGGAUCAGAUUCAUCAUCAUCACCAAAUAAGUGGCAAUUAAAAUGGUUUGUUUUAUAUCAAAAUUUACUUUUUUAUUAUGAAAAUGUUAAUUCACCUAAACCACAAGGAGUUUAUUUUCUUGAAAGUUGCUAUGCAUCGAGAACAACUCCAAAAAAUAGUAAAGAUGGAGAAAAAUUAAAUUGUUUUUCACUGUCCUAUACACGUGAUGGACGCAAUUCAACGGAAUUUGCUGCUGAAUCAGAAACUGACUGUCAAGUCUGGAUCGAAUGCAUACAAACGUGCAGUUAUAAUCGAUUAAUGUCAUUAAAAGAAGAAAUCGACCAAAAAUAUCUUCAUUUAUCACAAGUCUAUGAAAGUGAAGCUAAAACAAAAUAUCAAUAUUUACAACAAGUUGAAGAACUUUCAACUGAAGUUCGAGAAUUACGACGUGAACUGUCGCGUUAUCGACGUCAACAUCGUCUUCUACGCACAAAAACUAUUGCUGAAGAAGAUACGAAAGAAUUACGGAAAAUAAAAAAAGUUCAAAGUCUUUGCCGUGGUUGGUUAUAUCGGCAAAGAUGGAAACGUAUUGUUGAAGAAUAUAUACGGUAUUAUUACUUAUAA